AGCAAGAACCCUAGCAGCAGCCAGCCAGGCAACAGAAACCCCCUCCAUUGCUUUUUGUUUUUUUGGGUGUUUGGGAAACGUCUCUUCUACAAUACACUCUACAGUUUUCAGUUACGUACUCUCACUCUCGAAACUGUUUUUGGCUACUGGGGUUAGAAUUAGAUCUACUGUUCAAUUCUCUCUCUCUUUCUCUCCUGCUCUGCCGUUUUCCUUCUCCGAAGACCUGCAGAUUCUCCGGUGGUCGCCGACGAAGCUGCAUUUUGUUGGUGGGUUUCACCGGAUCCCACAGCUCCGCCGCCCAGUUUUUCCAAUUUGGGGAAAAAUUUACUGUGACGGUUGGAAAUCACAGCAGCUGCCCUUGUUCUACUUGAUGUUUUAAGCUGGGUACUUGUGCUUGGUUUGGUAGCACAAGUGGUGGAGUUUGUGAGUUAUGGAGGAGCCCAUGGCAUCGUCUGGUGAAGACCCAGUUCAAGUUCAGAUGCCUCUGACUGCAGCGGAGAUGCAUGCUCCUACUAGUCCUGCUGAAAGCACCAAGAAGGUUGCGAAGAAAGUUACAAAGCCCGUCAUUUCACCAACUUCGAAGCUCUUGGCACCUACGGGUUCCAUUAGAAAGAAGGCUGAACUCAAAAGCAGUUUUGAUUCUAGCUUGAAUGCAGUGAAACCGACUACUCCUGUUACUGUGUCAUCCACCCGUAGUGCCACUUCAGUACCAGUAAUUAGAAGGAACAGCACUGGUGGAGCGUCUGAUAAACCGGGGAGCUCUGCAGUGAAAGGGCAAAAUGGUGGUCCUGUUCUUGGGGCCGCAGGGAAGAAAAGUACUGCUGUGGUGGAUCCUGUAAGGAGAUCCCUUCCAGAGCUUAGAAGGAGUUCCUUGCCUUCUGUCGCUACAAAACCCACGGCUACUAGAUCAAGUGUUCCCGGGGUUAGGAAGUCCUUGCCAGUGUCUCCUUCAGAAAAGAGUUUGAGAACUUCGAUUUCUUCUGAUGUCAGUAUCUCGGGGACAUCCCGCAAGCCUUUAGCUAAGCCAACACUGUCAACCUCUUCUUCAUCUUCGAAAAGGGUUUCAUCUACAUCAUUGGAGAGCAGUGCCAGUAGUGUGAGUAGGAAGACAGUGUCAAAAGUUUCUUCACCCUCUACUCGUUCUCCUUCAGUUUCUAGUGGAUUUCGAACUGCUUCAUUGUCAACAUCCGUCGAUAGGAGUUCCAGCUUGUCUGCAAGGAAGAGAGCAGGUACCCCUGAAAGUCGGGAUUCUCGGUUCAUUGCACUGCCCCAAAUUGAGCUUAAAGGUGGUGAUGAUGUGAGAUUGGACCUUAGGGGUCAGAGAGUUCGCACCCUCAAUGCUAAUGGAUUGCACUUGUCAGCCAACUUAGAGUUUGUUUAUCUCAGAGACAAUCUGUUAUCUACACUAGACGGAAUUGAGAUAUUGAAGCGUGUAAAGGUUCUUGAUCUGAGUUUCAAUGAGUUUAAGGGGCCUGGAUUUGAGCCUCUUGAAAAUUGCACGGCCUUACAGCAACUCUAUCUCGCUGGGAAUCAGAUCACAUCACUUAUAAGCCUUCCUCAGCUACCUAACCUGGAGUUCUUGUCUGUUGCUCAAAACAAGCUCAAGUCCCUUGCAAUGUCAAGUCAACCUCGAUUACAGGUUUUAGCUGCUAGCAAAAACAAAAUAUCAACUCUCAAGGGUUUCCCUUAUCUUCCUGCCCUUGAGCAUUUACGAGUUGAGGAGAAUCCUAUACUUAAGAUGCUGCAUUUAGAAGCUGCUUCUAUAUUGCUUAUUGGUCCUACACUGAAGAAGUUCAAUGAUCGAGAUCUCACACGUGAGUCAGUAGCAAUGGCUAAGCGGUAUCCAGCAUGCACUGCAUUGUGUAUUAGAGAUGGCUGGGAGUUCCGUCGUCUUGAGAAUGCAUCAGAUGCAACUUUUCACUUUCUUUUGGAGAAAUGGAAGGACCAGCUGCCAGCUGGUUAUCUUCUUAAAGAUGCGCGUGUUGAUCAACCUUUUGAGGAUGAUAUCUGCCGCUGCCACUUCAACUUUGUCCAAGAUGGAAUUCCAAGUGACGAAGCACCAUUGGUCUUGAAAUAUCAAUGGUUUGUGGGGCAAAGACCACUUUCUGACUUCACUCCUAUUGCUGAUGCCAAUGAAGAGGUUUAUUGGCCAAAGCGCGAAGAUAUCCGUAAAUUUCUGAAGGUGGAGUGUACUCCCGUAAUUGGAGAAACUGAGUAUCCAGCUAUUUUUGCCAUAUCGUCCCCUGUUUCCCGAGGAAAUGGUAUUCCAAAAGUAGUUAACCUUGAAGUUUGCGGGGAGUUGGUGGAAGGAAGUGUAAUCAAAGGCCAAGCUAAGGUUGCAUGGUGUGGUGGGACUCCUGGUAAAGGUGUUGCCAGUUGGCUGAGGAGAAAGUGGAACAGUAGCCCAGUUGUCAUUUCUGGAGCAGAAGAUGAGGAAUACCGCUUGGCUAUAGACGAUGUUGAUUCCAGUCUUGUCUUCAUGUAUACACCUGUUACAGAGGAAGGCGCUAAAGGAGAACCUCAGUAUAAGUACACAGAUUUUGUUAAAGCAGCUCCUCCAUCAGUCAGCAAUGUACAAAUUGUCGGGGAUGUGGUUGAAGGAAAUAUCAUAAAAGGUGUUGGCAACUACUUUGGGGGACGAGAGGGUCCUAGCAAGUUUGAGUGGCUACGUGAGAACAAGGACAGUGGAGAGUUUGUUGUUGUAUCAUCUGGUACGUCUGAAUAUACGUUGGCAAAAGGAGAUGUUGGCCAUCGUGUAGCUUUUGUUUAUAUCCCUACUAAUUUUGAAGGACAAGAAGGCGAAUCUAUGUCAGUCAUGACUCAUGCAGUUAAGCAAGCUCCCCCAAAGGUAUCAAAUGUCAAGAUAAUUGGUGAUUUAAGAGAAAACAGUAAGAUUACUGUUACUGGUGUUGUUACUGGAGGAACAGAAGGUUCCAGCAGAGUACAGUGGUUCAAAACAUCAUCUUCAACAUUUGAUGGUGACAAUGGUCUUGAAGCGCUGAGCACUUCCAAGAUUGCGAAGGCAUUCCGGAUUCCUCUUGGAGCAGUUGGCUAUUACAUUGUUGCAAAAUAUACUCCAAUGACUCCAGAUGGGGAAUCUGGUCAACCAGCAUAUGCAGUGUCAGAUGCAAUCAUCGGAACCCUUCCGCCAAGCCUAAAUUUCCUGUCUAUAAGUGGUGACUACACCGAAGGUGGGAUAUUGACAGCAUCAUAUGGCUAUGUUGGAGGCCAUGAAGGGAAAAGCAUAUAUAAUUGGUAUCUUCACGAGGUAGAAACGGACUCUGGUGGUGUCUUGAUACCUGAAGGUUGUGGAGUCCUUCAAUAUCGGGUUACCAAAGAUGCUAUUGGAAAAUUUGUAUCGUUUGAAUGUGUCCCAGUGCGUGAUGAUGGGAUUAUAGGCGAGCCUAGAGGUUGCAUGGGCCAGGAGCGUCUUCGACCUGGAAGUCCACGAUUGCUCUCUCUGCAACUAGUUGGCAGUGCCGUUGAAGGAACUCUGCUAAGUAUCAAGAAGAAGUAUUGGGGAGGUGAAGAGGGAGAAUCAGUUUUUCGUUGGUUUCGGAGUGGCUCGGAUGGCACACAAUUCGAAAUUCCUGGUGCCAACGAUUCUUCUUAUACCGUGGCAGUUGAUGAUAUUGGCUACUUCGUAUCUGUUUCAUGUGAACCUGUAAGAAGCGAUUGGGCACGUGGUCCAGUUGUCCUUUCUGAACAAAUUGGUCCGAUCACUCCUGGCCCUCCAACUUGUCAAUCUUUAGAGUUUCUUGGAUCGAUGAUCGAAGGGCAGCGAGUCAGCUUCAUUGCUACUUAUACUGGAGGGGAGAGAGGAAAUUGCUGCCACGAUUGGUUUAGAGUGAAAAGCUAUGGUGUGAGGGAGAAACUUAGCGAUGACGACUUUGUGGAUUUGACCUUGGAAGAUGUUGGAAAACGUAUUGAAUUGAUCUAUCUUCCAGUUCGCAAAGAUGGUUCAAGGGGAAGUCCUAAGACCAUAAAAUCUGAUGUUAUUGUACCUGCCGAUCCAGUUGGACUGGAGCUUAAGAUUCCAGAUUGUUGUGAAGAAGUGGAGGUGAUUCCACAUACACAGUACUUUGGUGGACAAGAAGGUCCAGGAGAGUUUGUCUGGUACAGAACCGAGGACAAGCUUCAUGGAUCGGCACUAAUGGACAUACGCCAUGCAUCUGAAGAUGUAGUUAUUUGUGGAAAAACCUUGGCAUACACUCCCUCACUUGAAGAUGUCGGAUCUUACUUGGCCUUAUACUGGGUGCCCACUCGUGCCGAUGGUAAAUGUGGAAAGCCAUUGGUUGCUAUUUCCAGCUAUCCUGUUAACCCAGGGUCACCAACAGUUUCUAAUGUCCAUGUCAAGGAGUUAUCGGCGGGUGUCUAUUGUGGAGAAGGGAUAUACUUUGGUGGGUAUGAAGGAUCCAGCAGGUUUAGCUGGUACAGAGAAACUGACGAGGGAAAUAUGAUUCUCAUUGAUGGAGCUAACUCUGUAACUUAUGAAGUCACUGAAUCUGACUACACUUGCCGCUUGUUGUUUGGAUACACACCAGUUCGCUCAGAUUCAGCUGUUGGAGAUCUUGUACUGUCUGCCCGAACUGACAUUAUUCUCCCUGAACUUCCAAGAGUGGAAAUGCUUGCUCUCACUGGAAAGGCAAUAGAAGGAGAUGUACUUACUGCUGUUGAGGUCAUUCCAGAGAGUUUAACUCAACAAUGUGUUUGGAGCAAAUACAAAAAGGGAGUCAAAUAUCAAUGGUUCUGUUCAUCUGUGUCAGGGGAGAGCAACUGUUUUGAGCCAUUGACUACACAGGUUUCAUGCUCUUACAAGGUGCGGUUUGAGGACAUUGGUCGGUGCUUGAGAUGUGAAUGCAUUGUGACUGAUGUCUUUGGAAGGUCAAGUGAGCCAGCAUAUGCUGAGACCACUGCUGUAUUGCCAGGCAUUCCUAGAAUACACAAGCUGGAGAUUGAGGGAAGGGGCUUCCACACAAACCUAUAUGCCGUGCGAGGCCUUUAUACUGGGGGAAAGGAAGGGAAAAGUAGAAUCCAAUGGCUUAGAUCAAUGGUUGGGAGUCCGGAUCUUAUCUCCAUACAAGGAGAGGUUGGGAGGAUGUACGAAGCUAAUGUUGAUGAUGUGGGGUAUAGGCUAGUUGCUAUCUAUACACCAGUGAGGGAAGAUGGCGUCGAGGGGCCACCUGUAUCUGCAUCAACAGAACGAAUUGCUGUUGAGCCUGAUGUUUUAAUAGAAGUGAAACAGAAACUCGAACUUGGAUCUGUGAAGUUUGAGAAAUUACACAAUUUUCGGUUCUGUAUUCUGCAGUUCCCAGGGGAAACCAGUCUGGAGAGAAGAGUACUCGAGAUCAACAGAAAGAGAGUGAAGGUUGUGAAGCCAGGUUCCAAGACUUCAUUCCCGGCUACUGAAAUUCGUGGCACUUAUGCUCCUCCUUUCCAUGUUGAACUCUUUCGCAAUGACCAGCACCGUCUUAAAAUUGUAGUGGAUAGCGACAAUGAAGUUGACUUGAUGGUGCAUUCCCGGCACUUGAGGGACAUCGUUGUUCUUGUCAUCCGAGGCUUUGCUCAGAGAUUCAAUAGUACAUCUCUGAAUUCUCUGCUUAAAAUCGAGACAUGACACUUGGGGUUUUGAGAAGUGAUAUUGUAAAGUGAAAAAGCACAUGAAAAAAGCCGCAGAGAGAUAGCAGUCUCUAGUUUUAUGAUUUGCUUCUCUUCUUGUUUACCAUUUUCCUUCUGCAGCAAAACAUGUUUGACCAAUUUGUGAGUGCAGUUGUGAUUUUUUAUUGCUUUGUGAUGAUGUGAGGCUAUGGAAACACCUUUGGCCCAUAAUUUGCCAUCAGUGUAUAUAUGUACAAGAAUUGUUCAAAUGGAAGUUGUUUGAGGAGCUUCGCCUGUAGUCAUUUUUUUCUUCUUCAUUGUCAGACCCAAGUUGAAGAGGUGUGUAAUGAUUUGGUCUUUUUUUUUGGUAAGGAUAAUGAUUUGGACCAUUUCUGACUGAAUGAUGCAUAAUUGACAUUUGGAUCGAACUGGAUCUGGAUUGAACCUAGUUCAUUCUUUCUUGA